GUUGUGUGUCGUGCUGUCAGCUGUGCGUGCGCAGGAGAGUCGAAUCGAAUUCAAAAUGGCGGCGCGAGUUUCACGUUGUUUUACAAUUACAACAAGAGCUUAUAGCUCGAAAGUUGACAAGGAGGUCGCAUUCCUAGGCCUUGGGAACAUGGGAGGCUUCAUGGCAGCUAAUCUUGUGAAAAAGGGUUUCAACGUGCGAGGAUACGAUCCAUCAAAAGAGGCGCAGACCGCAGCAGCAAAAGACGGUGUGAAGGGCACCAGCUCCAUUGCAGCGGCUGUCGACGGUGUCGACGUGGUGGUGUCCAUUCUGCCUAGCAACAAAGUGGUGCUGGAUGCCUACCUUGGAAAAGAUGGUGUUGUGGCACACGCACCAAAAGGAUCAUUAUUAAUCGACUCAAGCACAGUAGACCCGAACGUGCCCAAACAGAUAUUCCCAGUCGCUCUCGAUAGUGGGAUUGGCUUCAUUGACGCACCAGUGUCGGGAGGUGUUAUGGGUGCCCAGAACGCUACGCUUGCUUUUAUGGUUGGAGGAAGAAAGGAAGAUUUCACCAGGUCACUAGCACUGCUCGCGGCCAUGGGAGCUAAGCAGUUUCACUGCGGUGACAGCGGCGCUGGUCAAGUGGCGAAGCUCAGUAAUAAUAUGUUAAUGGGUAUCACUGGGAUGGCAACAGCAGAAUGUAUGAAUAUGGGAAUUAAAAUGGGUCUCGACCCGAAGGUGCUGCUCGAUGUUUUGAACAACUCCUCAGCUCGUUCCUGGUCCACGGAGGUGUACUGUCCAGUACCUGGUCUGGUGCCCACAGCACCCUCCAGCAGGGACUAUGAAAAAGGAUUCAAGAAUGAACUCAUGGUUAAGGAUCUGGAGCUGGCAAGUGAAAUGGCGCUAGGUAUCCGAUCUCCAAUCCCACUGGGAGCUGUCGCUACACAAAUAUAUCGCGUCGCGCAGAGUCGUGGCUACGGCGAAAAGGACUUCUCAUACAUUUACCAAUUACUUAAAGAAGAUAAAUCGAAGAAGUAGAUUAUAUUGAUAGAUUGUUUGUCUA